AACACACUACAACUAUUACACUGUUGCUGAACUCUCUUGCUGCAGCUGGUGAGCACAGUAAGUGAAAUACAUGGUAAAGAUGAAGACAGCAUUAUUUCUUGUCUGCCUAUUAGGGGCAGCUUGUGCUCUCCCAUUACCACAAGAUCCAAAGUCUAGGAGUUUAGAAGAAAAGACAGCAAAUGGUGACCAUGAUAACAACAGUACAAUCCCAGAAGAAAAGGUUUACUCUCGUGGAAAUAACGUCACUCUACCUAGCCUGGAUGAAAGCGCUGCUGGGAGUGGAAAUGAAGAUUCAAACAGCAGUUCAGGAGAACAUUCUAAUAGCACUUCAAGUAAAGAUUCUAAUAGCAGUUCAGAUGAACGUUCUAAUAGCAGUUCAGAUGAAUGUUCUAAUAGCAGUUCAGAUGAAUGUUCUAAUAGCAGUUCAGAUGAACGUUCUAAUAGCAGUUCAGAUGAACGUUCUAAUAGCAGUUCAGAUGAACGUUCUAAUAGCAGUUCAGAUGAAUGUUCUAAUAGCAGUUCAGAAGAACGUUCUAAUAGCAGUUCAGAUGAACGUUCUAAUAGCAGUUCAGAUGAACGUUCUAAUAGCAGUUCAGAUGAAUGUUCUAAUAGCAGUUCAGAUGAACGUUCUAAUAGCAGUUCAGAUGAAUGUUCUAAUAGCACUUCAACUGAAGAUUGUAAAAUUAGUUCAGAAGAAGAUUCUAUUAGCAGUUCAGAUGAAAAUUCUGAUAGCAAAGAGAAUGAAGUGGUCAAAAGUGACAUGAGAAUUAACAUCAGUGUUGAUGAAUUCAGUGGUGAUAGCAAUGGUGUCAAUGGUAUGAAAGAAUCUGAUAAUACACUAAUCAUCAAUGGGGUUAAUCCAGGCAGAAAUACUGCUACUAAAUUUAGUAAAGUAGAGGAUAUUGAUGGAAAUAAGAAAGAAAGCAAAAAAGACAAGUUCCAUUAUGAUAAUUACAGUGUUGACAAAGAAGGUAAAAACUAUAAAAAUAAUAGAGAUAAUGUAUUGUUUAGGGCUGGAAGUAAUAAUUUCCAUGAUGACAAUGUAAAGAGUAUUGCUGAUAACCUCCCUGAAAAAGCAGACCAGUACGAGUUUGAUGAUGAAGGAAUGCAAGGUGAUGACCCCAACGGAGGUGAUAGCAGUCACUCCACUGACAUCACUUCUGCUAACAGUGAUUCCAGUGACUCUUCAGAUUCUAGUGAUUCUAGUGACUCAUGCAGCUCAAGUGAUUCCAGUGACUCUUCUGAUUCCAGUGAUUCUAGUGACUCAUGCAGCUCAAGUGAUUCCAGUGACUCUUCUGAUUCCAGUGAUUCUAGUGACUCAUGCAGCUCAAGUGAUUCCAGUGACUCUUCAGAUUCUAGUGAUUCUAGUGACUCAUGCAGCUCAAGUGAUUCCAGUGACUCUUCUGAUUCCAGUGAUUCUAGUAAGUCAUGCAGCUCAAGUGAUUCCAGUGACUCUUCAGAUUCUAGUGAUUCCAGUAAGUCAUGCAGUUCAAGUGAUUCCAGUGACUCUUCAGAUUCUAGUGAUUCCAGUAAGUCAUGCAGUUCAAGUGAUUCCAGUGACUCUUCAGAUUCUAGUGAUUCCAGUAAGUCAUGCAGUUCAAGUGAUUCCAGUGACUCUUCAGAUUCUAGUGAUUCCAGUAAGUCAUGCAGUUCAAGUGAUUCCAGUGACUCUUCAGAUUCUAGUGAUUCCAGUAAGUCAUGCAGUUCAAGUGAUUCCAGUGACUCUUCAGAUUCUAGUGAUUCCAGUAAGUCAUGCAGUUCAAGUGAUUCCAGUGACUCUUCUGAUUCUAGUGAUUCUGGCUCAAGUGAUUCUAGUGACUCAUGCAGCUCAAGUGAUUCAAGUCAUUCUAGUGACUCAUGCAGCUCAAGUGAUUCAAGUCAUUCCAGUGACUCAUGCAACUCAAGUGACUCCAGCAAUUACAGUAAUUCAUGCAGCUCAAGCAAUUCCAGUGACUCUUCAGAUUCCAGUGAUUCGUGUGACACAAGUGAUUCCACUGAAUCAGAUAAUGGUUCAGAGAAUAACAGCAGCAGUCAGGAAAAAAAUUAAAAUGGCAAUAACAAUAAUGAUCUUUAGGAAGGGGUUUUGUGGAAAAUGUUAAUGUAGCACAGGUAUUUCACACCUGUAAAUACAGGCUAUGCAAAUUAGCAUUACUGCCUAAGGUAUUUAUUUUGGAAAUUUUUGGCAAAGUAAUAAAUAGUAAUGAUUUUAAUGAGUAAUAUUUUAAAAUCUGCAUUAUUUAAUUAUUGGUUCAAAAUUGUUCAGAUAUAAAUGUUUAUUGUAUAGUUGAAUUUUUUUAAAAUGUGUAAUUUAUUAAUUUAUAAAAUAGUAAAUAAACCCCAUUUUACAUAAAAAAGUUUGUCUUUUUGAUUGAAGUAUUGAAAUUAAUUGCUCUUUAAUUUGGAUAAAAAGUAUAUACUGAGUUGUUUUUGUCUGUGUCUGUAAAUCAGAAAGUAAUUAAUGUAAAGCAAUUCAUAUUUAAAGUCCAUGUGUGCCACAGUCUGACAUCACUGUGUUGAUGAUUGUUGCUGCCUGUUGCUAUUGUAAACACAAGUCAUUUUAGGACACGGUAGUGUAAGACAAAGUA